GAUUGCCAGAGCUGACGGCGAAUUGCUGGCACUUGCUGAAUUGAAUGUUUUGACAUUUUCACAUUACGUAAAAGGGAAUAUUUUGCUUUUUGCCCAGCAAAAUGUCAGAAGACUUGGAGGCACCCACCAGGCCCUUGAAGUCGUUCAAUCAGCGCUUCUGGGCUUAUCCAGAUGGUCAGGAUGCGGCGGGAAAGAUGAUGGUGGCAAAUACAUAUGCCAUGAUCGGCGGUCUCAUCAUUUCCACUUACGACGUGGUGAUGCUGUCGAAGCCUCAGGGAAUCGGGAAUAUCAUGGUCAGGUACGGCUACAACACCAUCCCUAUCAUGGGCAUGGCAUCCGCUUUCACGAUGGGCACAUACACCGCCACGAAGCUGCGCGGAAAGGACGAUCCAUACAAUUACGCUAUCGGCGGAGCGCUGGCCGGCGGAGUCUUCGGAGCGUGGAGGAAGUGCGCCGUGACAGGAAACUGUAUGGCGAUUGCCCUUGCUAUUGCUGCUGUAGUCAAGAAAUUGUCCCUGAUGGAAGGAUGGACAUUCUUUCCACCGCCUCAGAAGUUCGGCUAUCAGAACCUGUUCAUGGGCAGACACGACAGGACCCUGAUGAAGGACACGGAGAAGGGUUGGACGACGGGAAGGGAAUAGUGGAAAUCUAGUGAGUACACAAAAUUCUCCUGCGUCCUCGAUAGACACUCACGAUAUGUAAAUUAAAUGAGAAAAGAGUAA